GCGAGUUCGUCAGUCGAGUCUUGUGUAAUCGUGUUCGACGCGAUGACGAACGCCGGCGCGGCGGCGCUCGGGGCGCGCACGGCCCGCGCCUGCGACGGCUGCAUGCGGCGGCGGGCGCGGUGGCACUGCGCGGCCGACGACGCCUACCUGUGCCAGGCCUGCGACGCCUCCGUCCACUCGGCCAACCCGCUCGCGCGGCGGCACCACCGGGUGCGCCUCUCCUCGGCCUCGUCGUCCACCUCCUCCUCCCAGCUUCCGCGCGUCGACCCCGACGACCCCGCGUGGGUGCACGGGCUCAAGCGCCGGCCGCGCACGCCGCGGUCCAAGCCCGGGGUGACGAGCAAGCACGACGCGCCCGCCGCGACGGUGGCCGUGCCCGAUCUCGAGGCGGAGGAUUCCGGGUCCGGCAUAGUGGGGGACAACGAAGGUAUCCGCGUGGAUGAGGAGGAGGUCUACGACGAGGACCUGCUGUACCGCGUGCCCGUGUUCGACCCCAUGCUCGCCGAGCUCUACAACCCCGUGCCGGCCGACGAGGGCGCGGACCUGCUCGAGCAGAAGCCCGCCGCCUGCUGCUUCGCGUCGCUUGCCGAUCAGCCGUCCACGGAGUGCGCCUCCGGCCUGGCGGACGGGUUCUCCGGGUUCGACGUCGUGCCGGACAUGGAGCUCGCCAGCUUCGCCGCCGACAUGGAGAGCCUGCUCAUGGGAGGGGUCGAGGAAGGCUUCGACGACCUGCGGUUCUUGGACGAGGAGAAGCCCCACAUGAACCUUGACUUCGACAUGGACAUGGACUUCGAUGACCAGACAACCGCGGCGCCGGCGCCGGAACAGCAAGAGGAUAGGAAAAGGAAGCGGUCGGACUCGGAGAAGAUUCUUAAGCUCGACUACGAGGGGGUCAUCGACUCGUGGGCCCGUGACGGCGGCUCGCCGUGGUUCCACGGCGAGCGCCCUCACUUCGAUCCCAAUGAUUCCUGGCUGGACCUCACGGCCGGUAGCCGGGGAUUCGGACUUGGCGCGGCGGUGACGCCGGUGACGGGCGGCGAGCGGGAGGCCCGGGUGUCGCGGUACCGGGAGAAGCGGCGGACGCGAUUGUUCGCCAAGAAGAUCCGGUACGAGGUGCGCAAGCUCAACGCCGAGAAGCGGCCGCGGAUGAAGGGCCGGUUCGUCAAGCGCACCGCGCUGCCUCCGCUGCCGCCGCGGCCGCCGAUGAUGGUCGUCGCGCCCCACGGCCACGGCGGCGCGCACGGGCGCUUCCGUUUUUGAAAGCAAGCGCUCCAUCGAUUCAUCCAUCAUCCGUAGAUGCA